AUGAAGACACUCAGUUUGAUACCAUUUGUCAUCGGGUUGAUUGGAUUCGAGACGUGUCGAGAGGAGUCACCGGAGCUAUGGAAGUUUGGACCGGAGUAUUUAUUUAAAUUCGGAGUAAAUUUGGCAAUUGUAAAGGAACUUCCAGAUCUGAAAUUAUGUGUAAACGCAACAAUGUCUGUGAAAUGCCGACCUUUCUCAACAAAAGCUGAAGAAGAAUUUACCGAUGCGCUUCAGUGCUACGUCCAGGAUACCGAGAAGGUAAACUAUAACGUAGAUGACGAAGGUACUAAAAUUUUGAACAGCGAUGAAGACUCCCAGAAGCUGGUGACCAAGCUUAUUGGCCAGAAGUUUGAAAUUAUUUACGAGAAACGCGGGAUUAAGGAGUUGAAGGUCCCGACUUCGAUUCAGGGUGCGCAAAUCAAUAUCUUUCGGAUGAUUGCCAGCCAUUUGGAUUUCGGAUUUGAUAAAUUUGACAAGGGAGGAGAGAGAUUCGCGUUCGUCGAAGUCGUCGCUCCGGAAAAGUCCCUUAUUGGAAAGUGUGAGACCGCCUUCGAAGUCUCCAAACAGAUAAAGUUCAAAGGCAUGCGCUGGGACAGUAAGUGUGGGGACAAAUUGCAUAUUGAGACGUUUGCUUACGGGGAUAAGAGCCCGAUGAUUGCCAUGGAUAAGAUAAGAGAUUCUCACAGCCAAAAUAUUGGAACGAUGAAGUAUAAUUCUAAUAUGGUUAAAAAUAAUGAUGGAAAACUGGGUGACAGUCAUGAACAUAUUAAUCUGUAUUUGGAAUCCAUUGAACCAGCGACUGAUGAAUUCAAACGAAUUACUCCAUCUCAUUCUGCUACAAUAUUCGCGAAUGAUCCGCUAAUUGUAAAUUAA